UGCGUACGAGCGUAGGAAGCUUCAGUUUCGGUAGAGAACUUCCCCUCGACUGAUUUCACUUUCUGUGACAUUGAUAGUUUAUGUAAAAGAAUUGAACCCUUUUGGAAUUAAACCGUUUUGGACGGCGGUUCUGGCGCCCUCUGUUGGCUGACUGUGGUGCAUCAUUUCACGGCCUGCAGACAAACAGAGAAGUUUAGCUGGAAUAUAAAUAGAAGAGUGGAAAACCAUGAGCAGAGAUGUGUCUGGAGGUUUCUGACUCACCACCGUCCGGCUGUGUGGUCUGCUCUGCUGUCUCUUCAUGGACGUCUGGUGGAUCUUCAGCUCUCUGAAUCUGCUGCUGUUUGCCUCCGGAGCCUUAAGCUCCGGAGAUGACGGCUGGUCCAUGAAUGUACAGUCGGAGGUACGAGGCAUCGACGGCUACCCGGUGGUGCUUCCCUGCACCUUCAGCCACCCACAGCACUCCCAGCAUUCCUCGCUGCAGGUGUUGUGGCGUCUGGGCCACGGCCAGGCCGCCACCGUCCUCUACCGCUGUGUCAGCCGGCUCGGAGCGCCUACCUGCGAGCCGGGGCCACAGCAGGACCAACGGUACCGGCUAGAGGGCAACCCGAGGGAGCACGACCUGUCGCUGCGCAUCAACAGCGCCACCCUGCAGGACAGCGGGCGCUACUACUGCCGCGUGGAGAUUCAGGGCCAGAAACACAUCAGCUUCGAGGACAAGAUGGGGACCAGACUGAGAGUAGAGGCUCCUCCAAAGAUCUUGGCCGUGUCGGUUGAAGGCAGUGAGCCGUCCGGGUACCGUGCUCUGUGUCGGGUCCAGGGAUCCCCUCUGCCAGACGUCCAGUGGCUCGGCCCCGACGACCUGCUGGAGGGCUCUGAUGUGGGGCCUCUGGCUCAGGGCUCCCCAACCCGCUUUCACACCGUCAGCCAGCUGGCAGACGUGGAGCCGGGUCAGCAGUACACCUGCAGCGCCUCCAACCCACUGGGCAGGGAGCAGGCUGCCCUGUAUGUCCUGCCCCCUCGGCCCCCGGCAGCUCUCCCAGGAGCCCCACCCUUGCUGCUGCUCCUCCUGUCUGUGGCUCUGGGGGCUAAAGUGGUGUUGCUGGUGGGGAUGGGGGUGCGGAUGGUGCAGGGAGGGGGUCUGCACGGAUUCAGCUGCUGGAGGAAAUAAACUGCAGGCUGAAAGGUUACCUAUCAAACUAUAGUUCAUUUUGGGUCCUUACCAAAGAGUUUCUUGAUAAACUGGACUAAUGUGGAUCAUAAUGAAUGUAAUUUUAAAUGGAUUAUUGUAAACUGAAAUGAACAUGGUUUAAUAGGACUUAUCUUUAAAAGUGGGAAUCUAAUCUAAUAUUUUAAAAAUCUCAUUUUAUCACCAAAGAAUUUACUGUCAAUUGUUUUUAUAUAUUAAAUAAGUCCACAAAUUAGUUUAUCAGCAUGUUUCUUUCUGCUCCAUUAAACAUUUUAUGACAGGUGUAAAAUAAGAUCAUUUGUUUUAUCCAUUUAAAUGAACAAAAGUCAAAUUUUGACAUUAAAAUAACUUGUUUUUUUCCUGAUAACCAUCCAAUAAAGUCCU